AUGCCGCGCUGCUAUAGAGGGAGGUUGAUUCCCGCCCUGUUGCCGCCUCGGCUAGCUACACGUCGAUGCGUCUGCGAAAUUAUCACCACUAGGGCUGACAAAUUUGGAGAAAUCUACCAGCCGGCAAGAAUCUUAGAAUGCUUCCCCGACAAGACGAGGCUUUUCUCUCUCUCUAUUCUUAGCUCUAUUGGCUCAUCUCAUGGAGGCGUGAUGACAAUGUCACCCUAUGAGGUGCGUGCUAACAUUCUUCCCCAACUAAUACCGCAGCCGUGGCUAGAGAAGACCUUUCUGUGCACAGAUGGAGUCACACCGACCGAUUGCCAGCCGACUUUCAGCCCAAUUGAUGGGGAUGCCCCAAGGAUGCGGCGUGUCACCAGCCCGAUACCCAAUCAC